GUGACUUCCCAUUUCAGCCAUCCCAGCCCGUGCCUCUCUGUCUCUCUCUUCAAGAGCGUCUCCAGCCACAAUGCAAACCUCCAAGCAACAAAAGACCUACUCGGUGCGCACCUCCACCUCAGGCAGAGGCCCCGUCACGGGCUAUGCCUACAAGGCCCACAGCAUCCACGGCGGGGGCGGCAGGUCCUGCAUCGACCUCUCAUCCGUCGAUCGCAAAGGGCUGGGAUCCGGAAUGGGAAUGGGCCAAGGAGCCGGGGGCUUCUCCGGCAGCAUCCAGGUGAGCGGCGGCGGCGGCGGCGGCAACACCUGCAUCACGGGCAACGAGAAGUUCGCCAUGCAGAACCUCAACGACCGCCUGUCCAACUACCUGGACACGGUCAGGAGCCUGGAGCAGGCCAACCAGAAUCUGGAGAUUAAGAUCAAGGAGGCCGUGGCCAAGAGCGGACCCGACUUCAGAGACUACAGCAAGUACCAGGCCAUCCUCGAUGACCUGAGGAGGAAGGUGUUCGAUGCCACCAUGGACAACGCCCGCCUGAUCCUCAACAUUGACAACGCUCGCCUGGCGGCCGAUGACUUCAGAGUCAAAUUUGAGUCCGAGCUGGCCAUCCGCCAAUCCGUGGAGGCCGAUAUCGUUGGUCUGAGGAAGGUGAUCGAUGACACCAACAUGAGCCGUAUGAACCUCGAGAGCGAAAUCGAAACCCUGAAGGAGGAGCUGAUUCAUCUCAAGAAGAACCACGAUAAUGAAGUAUUGAUGCUUCGUAACCAGAUCGCCCAGUCAGGAGUCCACGUAGAUGUGGAUGCUCCUAAAGGACAGGACCUCGCUCAGAUCAUGGCGGAGAUAAGGGCCAAGUAUGAGAAGAUGGCACUGAAGAACCAGGAGGAGCUAAAAGCAUGGCAUGAAUCUCAGAUGACAGAAGUGCAGACCGAGGUCAGCGUUAACACAGAGGCCCUGAAAAGUUCCCAGACAGAGUUGAACGACCUGCGCAGACAGUUUCAAACCCUGGAGAUCGAGCUGGAGUCCCAGAGGAGCUUGAAAUCAUCCCUGGAAGGCACGCUGAGGGACACAGAGAUGCGCUACAACAUGGAAGUCGAGUCCUUGAACUCCGUCAUCCUGAGCCUGGAGGCUGAACUCACGCAGCUUCGUAACAGCAUCCAACUGCAGACCCAGGACUACGAAUCUCUGCUCAACCUAAAGAUGAAGCUGGAGGCUGAGAUCGCCACCUACAGAAGGCUGCUGGACGGCGGAGACUUCAAGCUCCAGGAUGCUCUUGAGGACCAGAAAACAGUGAAGACCAAGGUGAUGACGGUGACACAGACCCUUGUGGACGGCAAGGUGGUCUCCUCCUCCACAGAGACCAAAAACCUUUGAAGACCAGAAACCGCAACCUUCGCAGCAACCAUAGCAAAAAAAAUCUAGUUCGGUAAAAAGCUGAUCUUUUGCUCCAAUUGACUUGCGGCUUUUUAGUAAAACAGCAACUAACCAUUAGACUCUAAAACCCCGCGCAGUGAUUUGCUUGACUGCUUAAUUAAACGACUCCUCCGCAGGCUGACUGUAUGCAAAACUGGACCAGAAGAAAACUAACAUGAUCUUUUUUAUUUAUUUCAUCAAAGACGUUCUGCUAUUUAUGUUUGCGUGCUGGCCUGCAGAUGUCUGCUAACCUUCAAAGGCCAGCUGAUGGAUGUUUUUAGAAAAUUUCAAUGCAAUACAAGAGCCAUUUUACUGUAAACCGUCACUUGUCGCUUGUUGUGACAUCCUCAGUUUUCUUUCUGUCCAGUUAUGUCUGUCUCUCUGUCCAACUGUGAGGUUCUGACAUAUCAAUAAAGUUCAUUCCAGGA